CUCAAGGGGAGUAAGGUAUUGCACCAUGGUUCUGUAGUAAGCCGUGCUUAAUCUGAGAAGUGUGGUCAAUUUUCUGGCAAUCCGUCACCAUCCGCGCCUUAAACAUGGACCUCCAAUCAAGAGGAUUGGUCUGGAGGCAACCAAGUUAUCAGUAGUUACUUCUGAAAACUAUAUUUAUUCAUUUUUUAUAUAUUGUCACUUUUUUGCCUUUGCACGCUACCGGGGAUUUAAACGUAAAGUGACAGCAGGUAGCUACCAGCUUUCAGCGAUUAGCCACACUUUUCCUUGGAUCUAAAGACGUGUAACGUUCUUGCAGUAAAACAUAAACAACACAUUUUAAUUUCUCGACUUUAAUUUCUCUUCUGGGACACCGGGACACACUACACAAGGACCUGACUGAGUCUGCUAAUACGAAGAGAUUAACAAUAGUUUCAGAUUUUGGCAGGCAGGUCCGAGGCCCCCCUCAUGCAGAACCACGUGAAAUGAAUAAACCACCGCAGCCUAUUACAGGACCCCCUUCUGUGCCCCACCCCGCCCCUUCCCCAGGACUGACACAGGGUGCCUACCCCCCUGGCCAGCCCCCCUCUGUUGUCUUUGCCCCUCCACCUCCACAAAUGAACUCUGCGCCACAGCCCAGACAGUAUGCCCCAGGGCCACGUGCUUUACAUCAACAGGGUGGAUUCAGGUCACUGCAGCCGUACUACCCCAACCGGCCCAGUCUGCCCAGCGGCGCCCCACGGGUGCCACCUAACAGUACGCCUCGCCAGGUUCCACCCACCCACGUGUACCCAACCAGCUCCCAAGUGAUGAUGAUCCCUCAGCAGCAGCUGCAGUUCCCCAACUCUCAGGGCCCCGCCUACUUCCUUCCAGCUGGACAGUACCGUGCUUCGUAUGUGCCCCCGACCCAGCCGUUCUCCGUGGCCGGUGCUCCCACAAGCUUCUACUCCAGCACCAAUCCUGACUAUAGCUCUACAUAUGAGGCCUCGCUGGCAGCGAGGGAGAGGCGGGGGGGUGGGGGGAGAGGCUCGGGCCGAGAGAACGGCCGUCUCUCUCUGCACACUGCCCCUCUCCCCUCUCAGGGCUAUCCCGCUGGAACGUAUUACCCUACACAGGCUCAGUACCAGCCUUCAGUUCCUACCACACAGGUGAUGUUGAGCUCAGCCCAGCAGCAGCAAGCCCCACCCCCUCAGCAUGCCCCACCCCAGCAGCACAAGCGAGAACGCAAGCAGAUUAGAAUACGAGAUCCCAAUCAGGGUGGACGUGACGUCACAGAAGAGAUCAUGUCUGGUGCAAGAAAUUCGUCUACGCCCACGCCCCCUCAGACUGUAGGCCCAGAGGCUGGAGGUCCUGUCCAAACAAAUGGUGAAAGCAUGCCACCUACAGCAACAGUAGUGAUUCGACCUGAUGAUCGUGUGAAGCCUGUCGCUCCACCAGCAGCUGCCUCAACCCCCCCACCUCCAUCUAAGACACCUGACCUGGAGGUUGCUGCAUCUCUCACAUCUGAGCCUAAACCAGGCCAGAAUCUCCAACUGGCCCGGGAUGUCCAAUCAGCCCCACCCACAAGUGCAGUGACUCUAGGACAAGACACUGACGAAGACUUUGGAGCGUCUGCCUCCUCACCACCUGAUUCUUCAGCAUCUCCUUCCCCGCCACCUGAUAUGACAGCCAUUCCUCUAGCACACAGCUCCGCCUCUCCUGAGCCCAAGAUGGGCAACAAUUUGGAUGCGCCACUGCUACCUUUAGCAGUGCCCCAAGAAGAGGAGGAGCCUAUUGAGCCUGAAGCCCCUGUGGAGCAGCUCUGUGCGGAUGUGGAGAAGGCGGAGCCAGAGGUGGUGAGGGAACAGGAGCUGGAGCCACUGGCUGAAAUUGCACAGCCAGUCUCUGACCCAAUGCCUGCACCUUCUACUGCUGCUGCCAUGCCCAAUGAUGACAGUCCCUCUCCAAUAGCCAAUGGUGGCGAGGUAACUUCUGCUGAGGCCACGCCCACCACUGACCCAAUGGCAGAACCUGUUCCUGAGCCUGAGGUCUCUGUUGAUCAGCCUGAGAAUGUUCCACUUCACAAUGGUCUGCCUCAGGACCCCGAAGAGAAGCCUGAAGGCAGCGGCGAACCUGAGCUCGAGGUUGCCGAACCCAUUGCUGAACCUGAGGCUCCUGAAGUGCAGCAGAAAGCACCUGCUGUGGUUCCUUCACCACUGGUUCUGGAGGCAGAUGUGAAAGCAGAAGAAGCUCCUGUUCUUGCCUCUAGCUGCCCUGUCGACGAGAGUCUGCAAGCUGUCCUGCCUGUGCCAAAGAAGAAAAAGAAGUUGAAGGAUCUGAAUAACAAAGAUGUGGGAGAUGUCCUAGAUGCCUUUAAAGAGCCCGAGGAAAAAGAAUCUGCCGCUGAGUCUGCAGCAGCUCAGACCCAGCCUCUGGAGCUCCGCCCCACCAUGCCCGCUGCUCCACCCACUGAGGAGCCUGAGGAAACAUGGGAGGAGAAGGAGGACAAGUUGGACAUGGAGAACAUAGAGCCUGAGUCCACUAAGCCCACGGAACAGAAGUAUCAGUAUAAAGAGGAGCACUGGAAGCCUAUUAACCCUGAAGAGAAGAAGCGGUACGACAGGGAGUUUCUGCUGCGUUUCCAGUUCAUCAGUGCUAGCAUGCACAAGCCUGAGGGCCUUCCCCACAUUACUGACGUUGUGCUGGACAAGGCUAAUAAGACGCCCCUGAGACCUUUGGACCCCAGUCGCCUGAUGAACUGUGGGCCUGACUUCACACCAUCGUUCGCUAAUCUGGGCAGACAGCCACCCGGAGCAGGGCGAGGACCACCUCCAGGCCCAAGGCGCUCGCAGCAGGGCCAGCGCAAAGAGCCACGCAAGAUUAUUGCCAGUGUCUCCCUCAAUGAUGACAUCCAGCUGAACAAGGCUGAGAAAGCAUGGAAGCCCUCUACAAAGAAGGGGCGCGGGCGUGUGCCUGAGACAGAUGAGGAUGACCCCGAGGUGGCCAAGACCCAGGAGCUGCUCCGGCGUGUGCGUAGUGUCCUCAACAAGCUAACGCCGCAGAUGUUCCAGCCGCUGAUGAAGCAGGUGAUGGAACUGACCAUCGACACGGAGGAACGGCUCAAGGGCGUCAUUGACCUAAUCUUCGAGAAGGCCAUUUCCGAGCCCAACUUCUCCGUGGCUUAUGCCAACAUGUGUCGCUGCCUCAUGGGGCUGAAAGUGCGCACCUCAGAUAAGACGGGAGCUACUGUGAAUUUCCGCAAGCUGCUGCUCAAUCGCUGCCAGAAGGAGUUUGAAAAGGACAAAGACGACGAUGAGAUCUUUGAGCACAAGCAGAAGGAGCUGGACGCCGCAUCAGAGGAGGAGGAGCGCCAGCGAUUAGUGGAGGAGCUGGAGGAUGCGAAGGACAAGGCCCGCCGCCGGUCACUCGGUAACAUCAAAUUCAUCGGAGAGCUGUUCAAGCUGAAGAUGUUGACUGAGCCCAUCAUGCACGACUGCAUCGUCAAGCUCUUGAAGAACCACGACGAGGAGAGCCUGGAGUGCCUCUGCCGCCUCCUCUCCACCAUUGGCAAGGACCUGGAUUUCGAGAAGGCCAAGCCCCGUAUGGACCAGUACUUCAACCAGAUGGAGAAAAUCAUAAAGGAGAGGAAGACCUCGUCCAGGAUCCGUUUCAUGCUUCAAGAUGUCCUGGACCUCAGACGGAAUAACUGGGUUCCCAGGAGGGGUGACCAGGGCCCCAAGACCAUUGACCAGAUCCACAAAGAGGCUGAGUUGGAGGAGCACAGGGAGCAGAUCAAGGUGCAGCAGCAGCUGCUGUCUAAGAAGGACUCCAGUCAGGGGCGUGGCGGGCGCAGUGGGGCCCACUCCUCCGGGGGCCGCAUAACCCAGCCGCAGGAUGAGGGCUGGAACACGGUGCCCAUCACUACCAAGACGCGACCCAUUGACACGAGUCGCCUCAGCAAGAUAACCAAGCCUGGUGCCUUGGACUUCAACAAUCAGCUGCUUGCCCCAGGUGGGAAAGGUUCCUGGGGCAGCUGGGGCAAGGGAAGCAGUGGUGGGUCUGGAGCCAAGCCCAGCGGAGAACAGGAAUCUGGCAGGUCCACCACCAGCACCCUGAACCGCUUCUCUGCCCUCCAGCAGUCAGCACCUUCAUCAGCUUCUUCCUCUCUGGACCCUGACCGCAGGGUACCUCACAGAAGCAGCUCCAGCAAGGAGCGGAAUGACCGCGACAGAUUUGAGCGCUUCGACCGGCGAGACAGCCGUGAGGACAGAGAGAGAGGCCUGGACAGAAACCGUCCAGUUGUUACCAAGCGUAGCUUCAGCAGAGAGAGCGAUGAGCGCGCUCGAGGUGGUGAAGGCCGCGGAGCUACCGACACUGUGCGCCGUGUCGCCAGCAUGACCGACGAGAGGGGAAGCCGCGACCGGGCCAUGAGCAAGGAGAUGGCAAAGCGUGAGACUGCUCCAACGCCACCUCCCACCCCAGUCAAACCAGCUCUGAGUGAAGAGGAGUUGGACAAGAAGUCUGUAGCCAUUAUCGAGGAAUACCUCCACAUCAAUGACCUGAAGGAGGCGGUGCAGUGCGUGCAGGAGCUGAACAGCCCCUCUUUACUCUUUGUGUUUGUGCGGAACGGGGUGGAGUCCACACUGGAGCGUAGCACCAUCGCCAGGGAGCACAUGGGCCAGCUGCUGCACAGACUCAUCAGCAACAGCGUCCUGCCCACAGAGCAGUACCACAAAGGACUUCGGGAGAUCUUAGAAGUCGCUGAUGAUAUGGCCAUUGACAUUCCUCACAUCUGGCAAUACCUGGCGGAGAUCAUCACCCCUAUGUUGCAUGAGGGAGGUGUUCACAUGGGCCAACUUUUCAGAGAGGUGUCCAAGCCUCUGCUGCCUAUAGGUAAAGCCGCUGUCCUGCUGGUUCAGAUCCUCAACCUGCUCUGUAAAGGACUGAGUCAGAAAAAAGUUGGAGCCUUGUGGAGUGAAGCAGGACUCAACUGGAAGGACUUCCUUCAGGAAGAUGAGGAUGUGAACAAGUUUGUGACAGAAUGGAAAAUGGAGUUUACAUUGGGAGAGGAGUCAGAGAAGCCAAGCAAGAAGGAGCUGACUCCAGAGGAGCUGAGCCGCAUCCUGGACAGGCUUAUCGAGGACAAAGCCAGCAACCAGAGGAUCCAUGACUGGGUGGAGGCAAACCUUGAUGAGCAGAAGAUAGCCUCGAACCAGUUUGUGAGAGCUUUAAUGACGUCAGUGUGCCAAUCAGCUAUUAUAUGUGAGAACCCUUACAAGGUAGAUGUGGAGCAGAUUACCCAGCGGGCUAAGCUCCUGCAGAAGUACCUGCUGAAUGAGCAGAAGGAGCUGCAGGCACUCUAUGCUCUCCAGGCUCUUAUGGUCCGGCUGGAGCAGCCAGCCAACCUGCUGCGCACGUUCUUCGACACCUUGUACGACGAGGACGUCAUUAAAGAAGAGGCCUUCUACAAGUGGGAGUCCAGCAAAGACCCAACUGAGCAGGUGGGCAAGGGUGUGGCCCUCAAGUCUGUCACCGCUUUCUUCACCUGGCUCCGGGAGGCAGAGGAAGAGUCUGACAACAACUAAGCGCAAUGCUUCAGUGUGUGGAGAACAGAGGAAGAUUUUUGACUUCAAAGCUGAACUUCAUUCUCAUGAAACCUCUUCUCUGACAGAGACUUUUGUGGAUAAAAACUACACUUUUUUGACUUCUAUAUAUUUCUUGUGCCAAUUCCAUGGCCACUAAAAGGAAAAAAAAAGCUUAAAUAAAGUUUAAAAAAAAAAAAAAUGGGGAUACCGAAAUGAUUCACAUGAAUGCUUAAAUGCUUUAAUAGCAACAUGCUGUCAAUUACUAAGUAGUUAAAAAAAAAAUCUUGAAAAUACCAACCUGCACUGCUCUAAAUUUCAAUGUAAUUUAUCUGCAAGAUGGUAUAUAACACUGCACCAUACUAUAAAAAAAUAAGUGUUGUAUAUUAUGUUCUGAAAGCAUGACUGCGAUCAUGCCCUAUAGGUUUAUAACAUCAGAUCAAACAUGGAGCUCUUUAAGAAUUUUUUUUUUGUGUGUGUGUAUGCGAGAAGGUUGGUAUUCUUUUUAACAUUAAGGAGGAUGAAGUUGAUGAACAUGGUAUUUACUGACUUCUCAUAAUGGAUGGAUUUUGCCUCCCGUUUCCUUCAGUGGAGGGGGGCAUGAAACUGCUUUUGAUGAUGGGAUGGACUUUCACCUUUUUUUUUUUGCCCUUUUUUUGCUGCUGGGGAAGGUCAGCAUGCUUCCUUCUAAGCCAUCCCUCUCCCGCUGCCUGCCGAUGUUUCUGCCUUUUACCUCUCAAUCUAGGGACGGUUGGGGAUCUUCUCAAAGACCCUGUUGAACAGCACGUCUGCGGUGGGUUUUUAAGAGAACAUUAAAACUUGAAGCAUAGAGGAAAAAAAAAAUAUCAACUUGAUGAAAUGAGACCGAAAUGAUCCUAAAAGCCUUUUCUACUUGCAAAGUGAAAACACAUUUCAGGAGCAUUCUGUACAUAUAUAUUAAAGGGGUUUUGUUUUAUUUUUCAAGAAACAAAUAUCUGAUGUUAAUGCCAUGUAUUUUUUUCCAACAGAAAUGGCAAGUUUCCCUGUAUUUAAAUUUUUCUUCCAGACGGUGAGAGGUGCUUAAUAAUCCAUUGAUUACAGUUUUAUUGAAAAAUGUAAAUAUUUUUUUUUCUUUAUUAUUUAAGGAUUUAAUGCUUUCACAUCAAACUGGAAACGCUGGAGAAACAACAUUAAAAAUAAAAGACUAUCAAGUUGCUAA